AUGCCUUCGACAGCUACGCGAAGGGAGCGAAGUGACGGGCGCAACCGACCAACCGGCGCUGCGGUUACAAGCAAACGAGCACGCCAUGAAGUUCCGGGUGCGAACAGCGACUCUGUUCUUUCGGGGUCUGUGCUCCACAACAAGGCGGACGCACAGCUCUUACCAUGGCUGUUUGAGUGCCAUCGCGUACUUCGGGCGGCAAACCCGCCCUUUUCCGUCAGCGCGGCCUUCAUCAAAGAACUUCUCAAUCCCCGUUACUUGAAAAGCAGCCUUAGCGGCGUGCAGCAAAUGACCGGGUGCCUGUUGUCCGACCUGGUGCGGCUGGGCAACAAACAUGAAUUCCCAGAGACGUCUGUCACGCUACCGUUUGAUGCGCGUUAUGCCGAUGAUGUCUUAGCGUGUCUGACUUUUCCCUUUGGACAGGUAGCCAGAGGCGAGGCAUGUCUGAAGACAUGCGAGCAUUUCAUUGAACGUGCAGGUAUUUCGCACAUUUUUGCGUACGUUAUUCCCCAUUGUCGCCGGGCGGUGCACGAGCGUCUAACAUGCAUGUUUCAGAGCAUUUCACAGGCUGCUGGAUCGUGUACAGGAAGCGAGGCGCUAACAAAGAGUGAUAACGCGAUUACUCCAAUAACUGCUGCGGAAAUGGGGAGGGUUCUCGCUGACAUUCUCAGCGCAACCAAGUCCAUUACCCCCGAUGAGCUUGCCCCAUUGCUAGCGGAGAUUACGGCCGCUUCACCUACCUUGCUGCGCCGUAUGGAGUCAAACCGGCUAGCUGGAAAUACGGCUGGUGGUAAACCAGUUGCGAACGCAACACGGAAAAAGGCCCGGGCGCCCGGUGCCAUUAUCGCUGCUCGUGUUUUUUUGGAACAGUUGGAUGUGAUUCACCCGGCCAUUGCUAGCUACAUGGUGGAGUUGGUCGAACAGGGCGUGGGCGAGGUGGCUGCGGCCGAAGUUACGGGCGACGAGCUGGAGAAAAAGCGUCGUGGGCUGCGCGGGGUUGGACGGGCGAUGGAGUGCUUCGUGGCGUUGAUGGAACUGCACGUGGAUCUUGUCGGGCAACUUGUCCCGGCACUUCUCCCGUAUCUGGAGCACGAAAUUGCGGACAUCCGCUUGUUGUUUCUGCGUGGGUUUUUCAUGGCUUUUGGCGCUCAUGAGACCGCCACUUCGACGUACCGUUCCGCCUUUGCCGCACUCCUUGCACGCUUCAAUGACCCCAAGCACGCGCUGCGUAUAGAAAUGCUGCAGCUGGCGGCAAGUGCUAUUGGAGUCUCCACCCAAGUCUCGGCAAGCUUUACGGAAGAGCGCGUUCGCGACUUGCUUCCUUUGGUGGAACUUCACCUUGUGGAUCCGCACGCGCUGGUGCGUCGCGCGGCAGUACUUGCGUACGGUGACAUCGUCACUGCCGCUCCGUCGCUCGUGACGUCCGAGCGAAUGGAAAAGACGCUCGGGCAGCGCGUCGCCGACAAGAACCUCAAGGUUCGACAAGCUGCGGUGGAGCGACUUAGUGACAUCUACCGCACACUGCUCUACCCGUGGAUUCCGAAUGUGAUGAUGCAGUGCCUGAACGCCGAGGGGGGCGUGUUGCUGUUGGAGGCAAGCUUUGAAUCCAUGCUGCCACCCGCGUCAAGGGUGGUCACCGGUGAUGCGUUGCUCACUGCGUUUGCUUCAUCAACCUCCACCGGUCGGCGCUCGGCACGGGCAAGUAUGGCGUUGUUUGACUUUGAGAAGGAGAGUGCCACGCAGGAGCGCUCCUUUGCUGAUGGCUUGGCAAAAAUGUGUUCCCACUUAAAUCCCAAGAGUUUUAAUAAGCUGCUCACUUUUGCCGCGAAGAAGGCGCAGCUACGGCUCGCGAUCCUGCGUCUCUUUCAACUGCGUGCCGAGGUGCGGAGUAAAGAUCUGAAGUCGACAGAGGGCCAGGAGAUGAUCAACAAUAUCCAUCGUCUUCUUAACUUUGUGCAGACCAUGACACAUGCGGAGAAAGGGGAGUGGGAUGCCCUGUUUCGCUCUAAGGAUGACAAUGUUUCCAAGGCGUUCUUGAGCUGCUGUGCGGAUAGGCACCUCCACUACGCGAAGGAGCGGGAGUUGCUUGUCAAGGCACUGAAAGGUCGGGUUGAGGGGCAUGUGCUCAAGUUUGUGCAGGAAAGUUUAUCGAGGCAGAUGAUGCUUCCAGUUGAGCUGGAACAUGUUAAUGAGUUGAUUGCACGUCUACGUGAGACUCUGCGUGGUGUCUGCGGCGAUGGAGCUGAAACAGUGGAAACAGAGGUGAAGCACGAGGUGGAGGGUCUGCUCCGUGCACUCAUCAUCCUUGAGCGCACCGCUCCGUCGUUUAUGCCACACUGCGCCGUGCCUCUUGUGGAUUUUGUAGAACUUGUGUGUCAAAGCAGCAACGCGAAGAUUCCGACAUCGUGGGUGAUUCUUCUUUUGAAUUGUGUUACCGAGUGGGCCAGGUACGCAAGCGGGGCUGCGGUGGACGAGCAUGGGUACGACAAGGACACGGCAUCCGCCGAUAUUAUAAAUACACGCAAAAAGGCUCUUUUUACGUCGUUGGCCCGGUUAUGUUCUUGCAGCCACGAGCCACUCUUGCAGGACGCCACACCCGAGAUGGUGGGGGCCAUGUGCAAGCAUGCCGCCCGUUGCUUCAUCGCUCUCAUCAGUGUCAACGGUUUGCAGGAGUCAAAAGCGCUCAGUCAGUUGGUGCAUUCUCUCCUUGCUCGCAUCCGUAACUCGGCGACUCCCACACUUCCCAGUGCCGUUGGGUGGCUGAAGGCAUUGACAGCCUUCGCGAAGGAUUGCGCGGUGGCACCGCUUUUGCAGGAUGAAUCGUUGAUGCGCACUCUCACCGAACUUCUGCUUGCCGCUGUUCGUGACAGAACUACGGCUGAGGAUUCAGCCAAGGUCAACGCGAAACGAGCCGAUGUGUUUCCCACGUCACUUGCCGCUGCGGUUGUAGAUGCCACAACAAAAUGUAUGUCAGCAAUCGCGUUGAGCUACGCCGCAGAUCGUGUUGUAGGUGCUGUGGUUUCGACGCUUAAUGCCCUACUCGCUGCCUACAAGACAGCGGGCGAGUGGGAGCCAAACACAGUUGGUGCGUGUCGCCGUCGUAUUUCUAUUAACCAGCAACUAGCGAAACUUGUAAUUAGGCCAUCGUCUGACAUCGCUAAGGAGCUUGCCGUGGCAGUGAUUCUCUCCGCCGAGGAUGAGGUUGUUGUGCGGCGUUCACUGCAGAAGAAGAUUACUUUCCAUAUCAUGGAGAACCAAUGCGAUAUGCGCUACGUGGCUUUUCUAAUUCUUACCGUUGUUAGUGAGGAGACGAAAAGUGGGUAUCAAUACCUCCGUGCCCUUCUACAGCAGGUUGGUGACCACCUUCGUACGAAGCAGAGAAGCUCCGGUGCGACGUUGUCGUCACCUGAGGCCCUUACUUGCUUCCUCGAAUACACCAUUCCUUUUUUGGUCUUCUUUAUGGCUCAUCACACCUUCUACAGCACUGAGCAGGAGAACCACUUUGUUGCGUACCAGCGUGUCUGGCAUCUGCUGUUUGAUGAGCUUUUCCGCCACGGAACGCAGUGUGCGAGCUUUCUGGUGGAACUCUUUACCCGCAUCAAGCAGUCAGAUGAGGUGGUUGACAGAGACAGCCACGCGGCACGGCUGCUGUGCGACCUGGGUAGCCGGGUGAUGCAGGAGUGCCUGGGACAGCGGCAGAUCAGUGCAGAUGCACUCAAACGAUACCCUGGACGCGUUCUUCUGCCAAAUUUUUUUCGUGUCUUCCAAGUCUGCCGCGGAGGCACUCGGUACCAUCUUUCUGGACGCAAAUGUCCACAUUUUCACGCACGUUCCAUUCCGUGCGCCAACGGCUGCUGCUGCUGCUGCUUCAGGUGGUGGCAUAGCAGGCGAGAAGGCAGCUUCCUUAGUUCUUGUCGCGAAAUCAGAGGACGCUGA